AUGGUUGAAAAUACCAUCGCCAUCAUUCCUAAUAUGGGCUACCGGCCAGCACGACGAUAUUCAGCUAAAGCUUGUCGAUGGCUCGCCUGGCUAGAACAUCAACAUCACUGCAUACGACAUGCUAGAAAUGGGGGCGAAGUCACGCUUGGACCCUAUACAGUAGAUGGGUAUGAUGAGGAAUCUCGUAUCGUGUACGAAUUCUAUGGCUGUUACUGGCACGGCUGUCCCACCUGUUUCCCGAAUCUGUUGACUGACAUGCAUCCUCAUCGUGUUCAGCAUACGUAUCAAGACCUCUACCUGGACACCUUAAAACGAGCCAGUGCUUUAGAAGACCAAGGCUAUACAGUCGUGAGCAUAUGGGAACACGAGUUUGAUCGUCAGACCCUGACCAAUCCCGACUUACAGGAAUUUUUACAAGGAGUCGAUAUACAAGAUCCUUUGAAUCCCCGUGACGCUUUGUACGGAGGCCGGACCAAUGCUACACGACUGUAUUGUGAGGAGGGUGACAUGCGAUACGUGGAUGUCUGUUCCCUGUACCCGUACGUGUUGAAAUACAAGCCAUUUCCCGUCCAACAUCCCCAAGUCAUCACCAGCCAUUUCACCGAUGUCAGAGACUAUUUCGGGCUCAUUCGUUGUCGUGUCCUCCCACCCCGAGAGCUGUAUCACCCCGUAUUACCUUACAAGACCGGGGGUAAAUUACUCUUUCCCUUAUGCCGCACCUGUGCGGAACAGCGCAACUUAGGACCCGACGAGCGGUGCCAGCACACCAAUUCUGAACGCAGUCUCACUGGCACCUGGGUGACCACCGAACUUCACAAAGCAUUAGAUCUAGGCUAUCGUCUCGACCGCAUUUACGAAGUUUGGCAUUUUGAGAAAACCAGUGACCACUUAUUUCGAGCGUAUAUCAACACCUUUUUGAAAAUUAAACAAGAAGCUUCCGGAUUCCCCGAGGAUUGUCAAACAGCCCAACAGCAGCAACAUUACAUUGAGGAAAUUCAGCAACGAGAAGGCAUUGCCAUGAACCCGGCAGACAUCCAGAAAAAUCCUGUCCGAAGAACCAUUGCCAAACUCUUUUUAAAUUGCUUGUGGGGAAAAUUUGCUCAACGAUUACAAUUACCCAAAUCCCUGUAUCUCACGGAAGAAGAAGAAUUACAACAGAAAUUACAAGAUGCCACUUUAGAAGUCAAAGGCAUCGAACUCUUAGAAAAUCGUGAACGCCCCGAAUGUGAUAUGAUGCUGAUCAAUUAUCAGGAGAAAGAAGAAUUUUUAGAAGACUGCCCCUUUGGAAACGUGGUGUUGGCGUGUUUUACAACAGCUCAUGCUCGUUUACAUUUGUACGAGACGUUACAGCCUUUGGGAGAGCGUGUCUUAUACUUUGACACGGAUAGUAUCGUCUAUCAGCACGACGAGACCCAGUUCAAUCCGACCAUUAUCAACAGUUUAGGCGGCUGGACCGAUGAAUUGGGUGGAGAUCGUAUCAUCAAGUACAUGUCGGGCGGGCCCAAAAAUUAUGCAUACGAGACCCAGGGGGAAAAAUCUGUCUGCAAAGUCAAAGGAUUGACACUCAAUUAUCGUGCCUCUAGAGUCGUGUCUCUCGAUACGUUGGAAAAAAUGUUAAAAGGAGAAGAAGAAGAAGUCCAUGUCAGCUAUCCGCACUUUAUUCAACGAACCCGCCAACAUGAUGUGCGAACCAUUCCUCUGGUGAAGAAAUACCGCAUGGUGUAUGAUAAACGUCAACGUAUUCAUAACUAUGACACGCUGCCUUACGGGUAUUAA